AUGUCAGAAGACAAGACAGACAAAGUAAAAAUCAGAGCAACUGAAAGCUUUCAAAAUGACAAGCAAAAUAUUCCUUGGCUGAAUGAAGAAUUGGCCAGUCCUAUCUUACAGCCUCUUGGAGACUCAGAUAUCCAGCUUACAAGUGAAAAACAUAAAGACAAGAAACCUAUGAAAGGCAUUAUGAGUUCAGUGUCGGAAUUCAGCACCACAGAUGCUCCAUCCAAGGACACCAAAGAUGAGAAGAAAUUGUCAGACUCUAGUACAUCAUCAUUAUCUUCCCUUGAGAAGUGCAGGACACAGUUCACCUAUAUCGAAAAUGAUGCAUCAGUUCAUCAGAGAGACAGUGAUGAUGAAUGUGCAUCUCUUAUCCUGGCCUGCUUGUUCUGCCAAUUUUGGGACUUUCUUAUAAUGCUGCCUAAUACCUGUGAAAAUUGGUUGAUAAACAUGUGCUGUCCAUCCUAUAGAUAUCACCAUACCUCCAGUGAAAACCACUCCAACAAUGACUGUACCUGUGACUGCAACAUUGAUUUGCAGCAUUUUGGAAUCCUGUCACGAAACCAGUGA